AUGGACGGCGACGCUGGCCAACAAGGCGGCCAGGCCGCGGAGCCGCCCACGCUGAACGGCGGCUGCUUCUGCGGCAAGGCGUGCUUCCAGGCGGCCGGCCCCGUCGUGAUGGUCUACAACUGCCACUGCACGAUCUGCCAGCGUCUGCACGGCGCGCCCUUUGCCCGAUUCGUGUACUUCGCCCCUGGCGCCAUCACGCCCAAGGCCGGCUCGGAGGAGUUCGUGGGGUCGUUCCGGACGAGCGAGACGGUGGUCCGGUACCACUGCAGGGUGUGCGCGUCCCCUCUGUACGGGGAGAUCAACCCCAAGGGGUUCGAGUGCACGUGCUGCCCCUUGACGGCGCUGGAGAGGGGCCCCGACGGGAGGGUGUUGGGACUGGAGGGCCUUAAGCCGAUGGGGCACAACUACUACGUGCACAGGGUGGCGGACGCGGACGACGACCUGCCCAAGAACGACGCGCUGCCGCCGGGGUUCGAGAGCUUGGACUGCGGGAAGAUGUAUCCCCACUGCUGA